CCUUGUGGCUUGGUCCGAGAGUUUGUGCCUGUGCGAAGGGCAUCUGUGGCUGCUUUGGUUUUAGAAGGAAACCCAGCGUCAGCCCCGUCUCCAGCCACUGGGCUGUUCUGGGCUCCCCGGAGGGGGUGGGGGCAAGGGCAACGCCCCUUUUACAGAGGCCGGAGCUGAGGCCCAGGGGGUGACCCGCUGCCGUUGGCAGCAGAGGCCGGAUUCAGGAGGAGGCUUGGGUUUGAGCCCUGGCCUGCGGGCCCUCGACUUCCCCUGCUGUAGCCAGCUCUUCCAUAACCCGACCCAGGAAACCUGUCCUCAGCCUCUCCGCUGGGCCUCGGAAGCAGGAAAGAAGAGCGAUCCAAGAGCUCCUUCCCUCCCUUCCAGCUCUGGAUUCCGGAUUUCCCAGGAUCACAGGCUUUUUAAGCUUAGGAGGGGCCUCAGAAGCCCUGGAGUCCAGCCUCCCACAACAUCCCUAAGGUGGGGUCGGUUGUCCAGCCUCUGCUGAGAAGCCCUCCCUUCUUUUGGACGGAUGCCCAUUGGCAUGGGUGCCCCUUCAUUUGGGGAGACCCCUGAUUCUUUGGAAGUCACCCCUCAAAUUGCCCUAAAGCUGCCUCUCUGCCACUUCCCAGGCCAAGCAGAAUAAGUGGGACCCCCUGCACCCAAGACAAGCCUUCGAACACUCGGUGGCAUCACUCCCUAAGCUUUUCUUCUCCGAGCGACUCAUGGCCAGAGCUUUCACCUGACUCUCCCAAGGGCCCUGCUCCUUGGGCUCCUCAGCUUUCUGGCCGCCUCCUCUGGGCACUCUGCAGCCUAUUGCUGUCCUUCUUAAGGGGGGGUGCCCAGAGCUGACCACGGGUCUGUUCCAGGUGGGGCCUGCCUAAGAAGAGGGCAGAAACACACCGCCUCGGCUCCUGGAAGCGCUGCCUUUCCUCCCAGUGCGACCCAACUGAACCGCAAGAGUGCUCCAUUGUGUGGCCCUUUGUGGUUUCUCAUGGAUAGUCCCCAUCUGUGAGGGGGGGCAGAAGUUAGUGCCCCCUCCACACACACACCUUUUAAGAGUAGGGAACUGAGGCUCGGCCACACAGCCUGCCUAAGCCACUUGGCCACUGAGUGGGGCUCUGGCCUUGGAGGACUUUCUCCUCACCAUGCCGGGCUCCCUUCAGCCUGGGGGCCCUUCUCUGGCCUUGUUGUCUCCUUUAGAUAUCCAUUCCCUGGAGCACAGCCCUCCAGAGGUCCAGAGCAGGAAUGGGAGGAGGGGAAGGUGACUUCCCCAGACGUGAUGGAAGCCUAAGAGCUUCUCUCAAUGCACCCCAACUUCAGCACCCCGCUAGUGCCUCAUGCUGAGCUUCUGGUCCACGAAAACUCAGCAAAGGGACACCAGACUGUCCUUUCUGUAUCUUGUCAAGCUCCUAAAGAUGUUCUUUGAGUCUCGUCCGGGCGAGCCCCACGCUGAAGGUCCUUUUGGAUUCUGACGAGGCUCCGACCCAGGAAAGCAAACGCUCAUGUCACGGGGCUCCGAAGUCCCUUCUAGCCCUGUCUUGAAGACCCUGUGCUCCUAAAUAGUCUCCCUAAUGAGACUCCUUUGGGUCCAGCCAUUCAGCUAGUGUCAAAUCCCCAUAAUGGCCUCAGCGUCCCCCUCCAUCUUUCCUUUUCCAGGGAGUGGCACGAGAGACUUUAUUAAAUGCUUUGCUCUUAUCUAGGCAAGCUGCUCAUUGAACCCCUCUGGCGUUCAGGCAAAAUGGAAGUGGACGGGCCUAGCAGACCUGCUCUUAAGGAACCUGAUCACUGCUUCCUCUUCCUGUCACCAUCCAGUCUCCAGCUUUGCCAGGAAUCAGCUCUGGCUUCUGCCUGGCCUCUAGCUCCCAGACUACAUCCUCCUCCCUCUUCUCCAGAAGGCAGCCCCGCCCUCUGCCAGGCCUGCGCCAUGACCUCUUUGUUCACCAUCAGCCAUCACAGCUCUUGGAUGCUAGUUUGCUUUCCCUCCUCACUUCCUAGUGGAGGUCCUUGUUCCGUUUCUUGGCUGAACACUCUCUGGGAGUUAGUAAGAGAACAGCCUGGCCUUCUCUCAGCAGCCAGCAAUCACUGACUCAUCUGCCCGGUUGUGGUCCUUCCUUCUGCUUUAGCAUCCUCACCUCCCUUUGUUGUCCACCCUUCCUCGGCAGCCUCUGUACAGUCAAAGAUAUUUUCUUUUCCCGAUGACACAUAAACACAAUGGUCAACGCAUGUUCCAAUUGUCUCCCUUCCCCUGGAGGGGGCAGGCAGUUUGGUCUGCCUCGGACAUGUGCUCUCAUGCAAAACAUAUUUCCGUGUGGGCCAUGGUCCUAAGAAUGCUCAGAGAGAACCAACCCCCCACUACAAAUGCAAAUAAACUGAAACUACAAGAAUCCAGUGUCUUGGUCCACCUCCUGACUCCAGCCACUCCUCCACUGGAGGUGGUGGGAGCAUCUUUGUCACAGGUCCUUCAGGAUCAUCCUGGAUCACCGUGUUGCUGUUGGUAGCAAAGUCUGUCUCAAAGAUCGUCCCACAAUGCAUCUGUCUCUGUGCACCGUGGUCUCCCGGUCCUGCUCCUCUCCCUCGACCUCAGUUCCUGGCGGUCGGUCGUCCCAGUUCACAUGGAAUCCCUCCAGUUCAUCACUCCUUUCAGCACCGUAGUGCUUCAUCACCAACUUGUUUAGCCAUUCCCCGAUGGAUGGACCUUCCUUCAAUUUCCAAUUCUUUGUCAGAUACCCCUCUGAAGGGGCUCACUAUUUAGCCUAUCAUCGUGCCUUCCCUCUAUCUCCUGGACAUACCUUUUAUAACCCUCCCCUUCCGUCUUAGAAUCAGUGCUGUGUGUCGGUUCCAAGGCAGAAGAGCAGUCAGGGCUACACCAUGGGGGUCAAGUGACUUGUCCAGGGUCACCCAGUUGGGAAGUGUCUGAGGCCAGAUUGGAACUCAGGACCUCCCGUCUCUGGGCCUGGCUCUCCAUCCACUGAGCUACCCAGCUGCCCCUGUACAUAUCUUUUACCAAUCCAAGGACCACCCCGUACACGCACACACACUCGCACACACUCACACACUCACACUCACACUCACAUACACUCUCACACACCCCUCAGUCCACAGCUCUUACCCUGACAGAUAUCAAUCACAGCAUCAAGGGUGAGUAACAAAUUUAAAAUCGGGCAUGAAUCCUGUCACAGACAAGAGUUACUUCAUUUCUCUUCUCCUCAGUUUAUUCAUCUGUAAAAUAGGACACUCAUAUGUGGAAAGCCCAGAGCUCUAUAGCCAACUUCGCCAUUCUUCCCCGAUGGCCCCAGGAUGCCCUCUGGGGUGCCUCUGGGUCAGCUUGGUCAGCUCCUGGACAGCUCCUGCAGUCAUAGCCGAGCCCAUUGGAAAGCCCAGCUAGCAGGCAUGGGGCGGGGCAGCCCCUAUGCAGGAUGGUGAUGGGUGGGGGAUGGGGGAAGGGCCCGGAGGAGUCCCAGGCCUUGCAGUGUGGGGACUGUGGCUGGGGACGCUGCCGGCUCAGGAGGGACCUGUGGCUUCUUUGGCUGAGCUUUCCCCUCUCCCAAGAUGCAUUGGGCAAAGCAGAUGAGGUGAAAACAAAGGACAUCAGUAAAGCGUUUAGUGUAUUCGAAAAAGAAAUGAGAGUGCCAGCGAGGCUAGAGAGGCAGUGACUUGCCCAGGGUCACACGGGAGAGACGGCAGUGACUUGCCCAGGGUCACACGGGGAGCGUCACAGGCAAAAUGUAAUCCUGCUCUCUGACACCAGAGGCAGCCCCUUCCGUGGCCCCACCCCGCCCUGGCUUGGGCGCUAUUGGGCAGGCUCUCUGCCAUCCAGCGGGACUUUGCUUCUCAGCCCUGGUCCGGCCCUCUGAAGCCCCGCAGAGUCCGUGUUCGCAGACCGCCUCUUAGAGCCCACGUGUCCGAGGGUCCAGGGCAGAUUCCCGCUGGGCAUUCCGCCUCGCCUCGUGGCUUCCCUGCGCCUGGCCUCUGCACCCUCUUCUCCUCUGGCUCCACAGGCAUCCCUCCUCCCUCCCACCCCAGAGGUGCUUGGAUUCCUCUGGACUCUGCCCCCUUCCUGGCAUCUUUUUGGCUGGUGGAACGGUUGUCCAUUAGCCAGCCCCUCCUCCCCGUGCCUCUCUGCUGCCAUCUGCUGAGCCUGGCAUACCUCGGCUGGUUUGCUGCCCGCUGCUGGUCCCGGAGCCUUGCGAGAUGGAUUGAAACAAGGGGGAAACAGAGGCACUUCCGGAGCUAUGCAGAUCACCUUUCGGGCAACUGCCUGAGGGAUGAGGAGCAGCCCCUCCUCGGCUUGCAGCUUCGGAUGCAUUCAAGGAAAGCCACCACCCGCGAGCAGCCAGGACCAGGAGGCCAUCUGACUGCUGAGAAGGGAGGCAGUUCCCCGAAAGGACGCCCCUCCCCCAAGCGGCUGGGUUCCAUCAAAGGAGCAAGGGAAGGAGGAUGACUCCCAAGUGCAGGGCGCAGGAGCGCAGGAGAUGCACCACUGGGAGGAACCUCUGCUGGGCCCUGGGAUCUGCCCGGCUUUCUGGUGGUGUCGCCCGAUCCUGCGCGGGAGGCGGCCCAGCAUCCAGCCACCGCCGCAGUGAGGUCUCCAUUUCUCCUGCCUGGAGCCCCGUUUCUCACAGUUCGACGAAGAUGGCCCAGACCCAGAAUUGAACGGAGAGGGCGCUGCGCACUCCCAAGGGAAUCCCAAGGGAGCCUGGGGGGUCCCUCCGGGCGGAUGGAGGUGCCUGGGGAGCGCAGGGCAGGUGUUUCUCAGGCCCAGCUUUCUCUUCGAGUCAGUCUGACGGACCCACGGAGAUGGUGCGCCACACGGCAAUGCCACUCGCUUGGAGCCACAAGCGCUCCAGGUCGUCCUCCGCCUCCCCCUUGCUGACUCUUCGGGCUCCCCCAUAACACGGGAGGGGGGCUAGCCUGCUUCUGUGUGCCUCGGAGCCCUUGGGCAUGUAGCUUGGCAAAGCCCCAGCCUCAUGCCUUCUCGGAGUCCUCUUCCAAACUGCCUACAAUAAUCCGGCCCCGACUGCCCAGGAACCCCCAGGAGAAUUCUUUCCUCGCCCUAAUUCACAGAGCCCCCUCCCUUCCCCCGGCGGGUGCUCUACAGGCCCAAGAGGCGGUGCUGGCCCAAGACUAAUUUCUCCUUUUUAUUCCACACUUCUCCAGAAGCACGAUUUCUCCAACGUGAAGGAAUCGACCUCCUUCGUUUCGAACAUUUUCAAGGGGAAAAUUGUCAUGAAGGAUGUGUUCCCCUUCCCAUUGGUUCUCAGCGAGGAGCAGACGUCCUUCCUGAAGACACACUACAAUUCCUGCCAGGGCUUCUUUGAGAAAGUGAACAACAUGACUUGGAAUGAUGAGCAUGAAAAAAUUGGGGCGGAGACUCUGAAAGGACUCAAGGGGCUGAAGCUGUUUGGGUUACAAGUGCCCGAAGAGCAAGGAGGCCUGGGGCUGACUAACACCCAGUUUACUCGCUUGGUGGAGAUCUUUGGCUGGCAUGACCUGGCAGUAGCUGUCACCCUGGGAGCCCACCAGGCCAACGGCUUUAGGGGGAUCCUGCUCUUUGGAAACAAGUAUCAGAAAGAGAGAUAUAUUCCUGACCUGGCCUCUGGAAAGUCUCUGGCUGCAUUCUGCCUGACAGAGUCAACUGGCGGCUCCAACACAGACUCCAUCAUGACCACGGCUGAGGUCAGCGAGUGUGGCAAAUUCUAUACCUUGAACGGUAGAAAAAUAUGGAUCAGCAAUGGCGGGAUAGCAGAGAUCUUUACGGUAUUUGCCAAGACCCAGGUGAAGGAUAUGACCACCGGAGAAGUGCACGGGAAAAUCUCGGCCUUCAUCGUGGAAAAAGACUUUGGGGGCGUGACCAGCGGGCCCCCGCAGAAGAAGAUGGGCAUCAAGGCCUCCAACACCACCGAAGUGCACUUCAACAACGUGAGGGUCCCUGCCGAAAACUUGCUGGGGGACUUCGGGGACGGCUACAAGAUCGCCAUGAACAUUCUCAACAGCGGCCGCUUCGCCGUCGUCUGUGCCCUGGUCGGGACCAUUCGUAAGCUGAUCAUCAAAGCGACUAACUUUGCUGCAACCCGGGAACAGUCCGGGACCUGUAUAAGCAACCAUGGGAUCAUCCAGAAGAAGCUGGCCCGCAUGGUCAUGUAUCACUAUGUCACUGAGUCCAUGGCAUAUAUGAUCAGUGGAAAUCUAGACAAGCACGUCUCCGACCUCCAUCUGGAAGUGGCCAUCUGCAAGAUCUUUGCUUCCGAGGCUGCCUGGGAAGUCAUCGAUGAGUGUAUUCAGGUCCUCGGAGGAAUCGGCUACAUGAAGGCAGGCGGAGUAGAGCAGAUCAUGAGGGACCUCCGAAUCUUCCGCAUUCUCCAGGGCACCAACGACGUCCUCCGCGUUUUCGUGGCUUUGGGAGGUUUGCAGCAUGCAGGGGCCCAGCUGAAAGACCUUCAGUUCAUCUUGGAAAACCCCAUGGACAACACCUCAGUCCUUUUCACCGAACUUGGCCUCCGAGCGAGACGCACAAUAGGGUUACCGACAGGCAUUUCUCUGGAAGGAGUGGUCAGCGCACACCUGGUGGACACGGCGAGCCUGGUGACCAAAUGUGUGGACCUGUUUUCCGAGGCCAUCGAGAUCCUGCUCAUCCGAUUCGGGACCGAAGUGAACCACCGUCAGUUCCACCUGAAGAAGAUAGCGGACACGGCUAUCGACAUCUACUCCAUGGGGGUGGUGCUUUCCAGGACGACCCAUUCCCUGAACCACAACCUUAACUCGGCCGAACACGAGAAGCUGCUGUGCGAGUCCUGGUGCCACGAGGCCUUUGAACGCGUUCUGUGGAACCUCAGGACAAUGAAGUGUUCCAGCUGGAGCCUCCACUACCAGAACCUGAAGGCCAUCUCUGACGAAGUGGUGAAAAACCGCGACGUCCUCUACUCUCCCCCCGUGAGUUUCUGAAAGGUCCCCGGCCUGUUGCAGAGCCCGUAGAAAGAAGUUAGCGUCCUAAUAAAGGCAGCUUCGACUGUG